AUGGCAAUACAACCAUUCCAGAUAAACAUUCCCGAUGAGGUUCUCGAUGAUAUGCGUCAGCGCAUCGCCAACACGCGCUGGCCCGACGAAAUCCCCAAUACCGACUGGGACUACGGCUCCAAUAUGGCUUAUGUCCGGGAGCUUGCCGACUACUGGCUCAACGAAUUCGACUGGCGCAAGCAGGAGGCGAUGCUGAACGGCUUCUCGCAGUUCCGCGCCGAUGUGGAGGGCAUGGGCAUCCACUAUAUCCACGAGCGUGGCAAGGGACCGAACCCGAUACCCCUGGUGAUAACGCACGGAUGGCCGAGCACAUUCUUCGAGAUGUACAAGAUAAUCCCGUUGCUUUCGGAUCCCGCCUCUCACGGUGGCAACGCCGAAGACGCAUUCGAUGUGAUUGCGCCCUCGAUGCCGAGCUACGGCUUCUCCGACCGCACGACUGAAAGGGGCUGGAGCGUCUCCCGCGUUGGCGACAUGUGGGUAAGUCUCAUGGAUGUGCUGGGAUACGACAAGUUCGGAGCGCACGGCGGAGACUGGGGCGCGGGCGUUACGGCGCGGCUUGGGUACGCCCACCCGGACAGGAUGAUCGGCGUACACGUUACCGCAGUGUCGGCGACACCGCACCUAGAUGACGACUCGCCGCCGUUGACCGAUGCUGAGAAGGAGUUCCAUCGUGCGCGGGCGCAGUGGCGCGAGGACGAGGGGGCAUACGGUCAUAUACAGGGAACAAAGCCGCAAACACUGUCCUACGGGCUGAUGGACUCGCCCUGUCGGACUGGCGGCAUGGAUAGUCGAGAAGUUCCGCGCAUGGUCGGACUGCAACGGCGAUGUGGAGAGCGUCUAUACGAAGGACGAGCUGCUGACGAACAUCACCAUCUACUGGGUGACGCAGACGAUAAGUUCGUCGGUGCGAAUAUACUACGAGUCGCAGCUGCGCCGCUGAACAUGAAGAAGGGCGAGAAAAUCACGCCGCCAUCUGCCGUUGCGCGCUUCCCGAAGGACAUCGGAUACCCGCCGCGUGAAUGGGCGGAGCGCGUGUUCAACCUUCAGCAAUGGACCGAGAUGCCUGACGGUGGGCACUUCGCAGCGAUGGAGAAGCCGGAGGCACUGGUGGAGGAUCUGAGGUCGUUCUUCCGUCCUUUGCGGUGA